AUGAACUGUUGUGGCUUAUGCAAAUCAAAAGCAGUUAAAAAUCCCCAAAAAAUUAAUAAUUUGUCACGCGACAAAUUGGCGAUGAUCGAGGAUUGGAUCGAUCAAAACGAGGGUCCAUUUAAUCAGGAAAAAUUAUAUCAACAACCACCUGAAGCCCCGGUAAAAAUCUCUAACAAUGACGAGAUAGAACAAGCAAAAAAAGAUGCAACAAAAACUAGUAAUCCACAUGGAUCACCAUCUGAUGUAUUACUUAAUCGAGAGCGAACAGUUUUGUUAAAAGUUGCUCCGAGACGACAAAUUGAUUUGUAUACAAAUCCAAUAUUAAGCGAAGAAUCAAAGUCAUAUGCCAUUAGCGAAGCUUCCCAUUCAACUAUAUGA